AUGUGUAAUACACAUGUUGCCUGGUUGCAGGUGCAGUCUCUGUCCUCCCGGCCAAAGUCCUGUGAAGUGCCUGGAAUCAAUAUAUUCCCAUCUCCAGAGCAGAACGCGGGUUUGUCUCACUACCAGGGCACGCUAAACACUGGCGGGUCUCUUCCUGACCUCAGUAACCUGCACUUCCCCUCUCCGCUGCCCACUCCGCUGGACCCCGACGAGGCUGGAUAUCCCAACCUGAGCGGAGGCAGCAGCACCGGCAACCUUCCCGCAGCCAUGAUGCAUCUGGGCAUCGGAAACUCACAAG